CGGGCCGCUGGGAGGGUCGACGUCGGUGCUCCCCGCGAGCGAGCUAGCGAGAAGGCGGGCGGAGGGUGGGGGCAGGACCGUGGAGUGCGGGCUGCGGCGCAGAUGUCAUGUGGCCUGUGCUUUGGACCGUGGUGCGUACCUAUGCUCCCUAUGUCACAUUUCCUGUGGCCUUUGUGGUCGGGGCUGUGGGUUACCACCUGGAAUGGUUCAUCCGGGGAAAGGAUCCCCAGCCUGUGGAGGAGGAGAAGAGCAUCUCUGAGCGCCGGGAGGACCGCAAGCUGGAUGAACUGCUAGGCAAGGACCAUACCCAGGUGGUGAGCCUUAAGGACAAGCUGGAAUUUGCCCCUAAAGCUGUCCUGAACCGAAACCGCCCAGAGAAGAAUUAACGAAGGACACAGAGCCCUAUGGGUCCUUGUGUGGGCCAUGACUGGCCCUGCCACCAUGUCUACCCUGCUCCAGAACCCACAUGGGAUUUGCUGUGUUGCUCAUUCUUGCCCCUCCCAUACCACCCAGCCCUGCACACAUUGGCCGCUUUUCUGUUGCCAGGCGGACACUCGAACAGCUGAGGGGCCAGGGAAGAGGAGGGCCCUUGAGGGUUCUGGCCUGAAGGCUGCAUGUGUUGUAUGGUGGCUGAAACUGCUCAGGCUUCUGUGCUUCUGGGCGCACUUUGGGGAGGAGUAUCAUGAAAUGAAUGAUGGCUGGCUCUUUCUUUGGGGAGGUACUUUGGCCUCAAGUGGGAGUGGCUGGGGUUGGCAUGCUGCCUUAGGAGGGAUGCCUACAUGCCUAGGUCCAGUGUACACUGGGAAGAAUUCAAAAAGCUACCUGACUCCCUUCACUAGUUUGCCCUCUUCUUGUACUCAUUCUUCCUGAAAUUCUGUCCUGUCAGCUCAGAAAUGAGACUCCCUGGGGAGAAAAGCCUUUUACUGUCCUUGGAAGCCCAGACUGUUUGCCUUGGGACAGGUGAAUUUGCUGGAAAACAGAUACCCCCCCCAUCACUGUAUGGUACAAAACUUCAUUAAAGUUGCACCUGACAACCAUAUUGAUCUAAUCCGAUCUUCCAGAUGCUGUUGAGUCUCCUUAGGAGUUACGCAAGUGCAGGCAUCUCAGGGUUGGAUAACAUUGACCUUUAACCAAGGGCUUUGGGGCGCAGGCACUGAGUCCUGGAGGUACAGGUUUCCAGGAACCUUUUUGUCAUGAUGAGAUGAGGUUUAUAGGACCUUUAAAAAUGUGAAUUCAGUGUAGACCAGGGAGCUUAACAGUUGCUUUCAAAAUUUUCAACUAUACACAGACAUACAUUUUCUCCUGUAAAAGUAAUAUAUAUACAUGAAAGAACAUUUGGUAGAGAUUGGAAAAAUGGUUGUCCCUACUCCAGGGCUCCAGUACAACUAAAAAGGUAGCAUUUUGUUACCUUUCACUAAUUCUUGGCAUAGUUUUUU